AUGAAGGUUACACUCGACGGAUGCUCCCUCACGCCCGACGCGCUGUACGCGCUGGGCCACGAGAAAGACUCCACCAUCCUCCUAGCGGAGGAGGCAAUUCGCAGAAUUAAUGCGGGCCGUGCAGUUAUCGACAAGAUCGUCAACGAGCGUCAGACCGUAUACGGCAUCAACACAGGUUUCGGUAAGUUCGAGUCAACUGUUAUUCCGCCGAAUCAACUGGUGGACCUGCAAUUGAACCUCAUCCGCUCCCACAGCGCAUGCGUUGGCGAGCCCCUGAAGCCCCAGCGCGCUCGCAUGAUGAUGGCUCUCCGCAUCAACAUUCUCUGCAAGGGACACAGUGGCAUCCGCCUCGAGACGGUGGAGAAAUACGUCAAGGCCUUCAAUGCUGGUGUGGUUCCCCAUAUUCCGGAGCAAGGCACUGUGGGCGCGAGUGGCGAUCUCGGCCCGUUGUCCCACCUUGCCCUCGGCAUGCUUGGCGAGGGCAUGUUGGCUACGCUCAAAAAUCCGGUGUUCCGUGACGCCAGCACCGUACUGAGGGAGUUGGGCGUCGAACCCAUCACGCUGGCAGCGAAGGAAGGGCUUGCGCUCAUCAACGGGACGCAGUUCAUGAGCGCUUUGGGUGCGGAGGCCGUUGUGCGCGCACGCAGGAUUGCACGCCUCGCCGACGUUUCGCUCUCCAUGUCCCACGAGGCGCUACAGUCGACUGUCAGCUCCCUCAACCCCGAUAUACACCGCGUGCGUCCGCACAAGGGCCAACAGAUUGUUGCCCAGAGGCUGCGAGCGCUUCUUCACAGCGAGAAGUACCCCUCCAUGAUCAACAACAGCCACGUGAACUGUGGCCGCGUGCAGGAUGCCUACUCUAUCCGCUGCGCUCCUCAAGUUCACGGCAUCGCCAACGACGUCAUUGAAUGGGUGUACCGCAUUCUUACCGCGGAGCUCAAUUGCGCCACCGAUAACCCACUCGUGUUCCCAGACGGUGUAAAGAGGGUUGUCUCAGGGGGCAACUUCCACGGCGAAUACCCCGCAAAGGCACUUGACAUGCUUGCUAUUGGCGUUCAUGAAAUUGGCAACAUCAGUGAACGCCGCAUCGAGCGGCUCAAUAACCCUUCCCUGAGCCGCCUCCCUGCCUUCCUGGUUAAUAAAGGUGGGCUCAACUCGGGCUUCAUGAUUGCUCACUGCACCGCUGCCGCUCUUGUCUCGGAGAACAAGGUCUACUGUCACCCCUCGUCCAUCGACAGCAUCUCCACCUCUGCUGCGCAGGAAGACCACGUCAGCAUGGGUGGCUUCUCCGCACGCAAAGCCCUUAAGGUGGUGGAGAAUAUCGAGCACAUCAUCGCCAUUGAGCUUAUGUGCGCUUGCCAGGGCAUCGACCUCCUGCGGCCACUCAAGACGACGGAGCCGAUGGAGAAGGUGUGGGGUCUUGUUCGAUCUGUCAGCCCAUCGUGGGAUAAGGACCGCGUCGUUUACCGUGACAUUGAAAAGAUUGCGGCGCUAUUGCGUUCUGGUGCCAUCUGGAAGGCUGUCAAGGAUUACAUCCCUGAGGAGGCGCGAUUCCACGACGUGCUGACCGUGCGGGAGCCGUUCAAGCUCAAGAGCAAGCUUUAA